AUGGAACAAUAUUUAGCAACAAUAGCAGUGUUUCUUCUAUUACAAACAGAGUUCGUUGUUGCAGAGUGUCCUGGAUGCACUUCCUGUCCUGAUUCAAGAUGCACAAAUUGUGAACCAUCGCACUAUUUAUCCGCUGAUAAUUGUCAUCCUUGCCCAGCCAAUUGCCUUAGCUGUACCGACCAGACUAACUGCACGAAAUGUAAAGCUAGCAAGUAUGGUACAGGUGCGGAACAGUGCCGAUAUGGCUGUAGUAAAGAGUGUUUAAAUGGUGAUUGUAAUGAUGACAAUGGAUACUGCUUAAACUGUGAACAUGGAAAAUAUGGACGUAGAUGCCAACACAAUUGUAGUGACUGUCAGAACGAACUUUGUGAUUUAUAUAGAUGUACCGAAGGGUGUAAAUCCGGAUAUUUAGUAUACAAUACUUCCAGUGACUACUUUUGUCAAAAAUGCCCAAUGAAUUGUAAACUAUGUGAUGACGGGAAUGUUUGUCGUAUUUGCGACGACGGUUUUUAUUUGAAUAAAUUUUAUUUGACGGCAACCACAUAUGUUUACUGUUAUAGGUGUCCAAAUCAGGAGGAUGAAUGUUCAAAUUUAUGUCAUAUUCCAGGAUGCAAUUUAUGCAAGGUAAAUAAUAAUAUACCAACAUGCACUGACUGUCCUGAAGGAGAAAUAUUUAACGGUGUAUCAUGUGAAAAAAAAUCAGCUCAGUGCUCACAAGAAUGUUCUACAAAUUGUGAUAAUAAUGGUAUAUGUUUAGGGAACUGUAAUGAUGGUUGGACUGGUGAAAGAUGUACCGAAAAAUGUAAUGAGAAAUGCUUAGUAUGUUCGAAGAAUGACAGAAAUAGUUGUGUACAAUGUAAUGGUGACUUUAACGCAACUGAAUGCAGUUUAGCUUGCAGCAAUUCAUGUAAAAUAGUAGAAGGUAAAACUGCAUGUAAAUUUGAUGACGGUUAUUGCUUAUAUGGAUGUGAAGGAGACUAUUGGGGCGAUACAUGUAAUACUUCCUGUCCCGAGGGUUGCCGAGAUCAGGACUGUGAUAGAAGCACAGGUACAUGUACGAGAGGAUGUAAGGAUGGGUUUACCGGUGUCAAGUGUGGUCCUACUACCACAACGAAUAAAAAAGACAUGAUACAGACAAGUUCAACUCAAACUGUUACUGAGGGUUCUCAAGAAAAACAGCAAAGAAAAGAAGAAAGCAAUGAUAUAAUCAUCAUAGGUGCUUCGGCAGGAGGAGGCUUUCUUGUUCUGAUAUUGAUCAUAGUUCUGGGUUUGUGCUUGCUUAAAAGAAGACGAAAAUCUUCUAGUGAUGAAUCUGCUCAGCAUGAAGAAGUUGUCGCAGAUAAUCUAAUUCAAGAUGUGUAUGCAAAGCCAAUGAAGAAACCUGUACCAAAUGCAGACAGUCAGGACUACAUCUAUGCCCAACCUAACAAACCACAAAAACUCAAGAAACCUAGUAUGAGGGAAAUAAGCAAACCAAAGACAAUAUAUGACAACAUAACAAUAGAUUUAGAUGAUGAAACAGCAGUAUCAAGUAAUACGUACGCGAAUGUUUCAAUUGAAACCACUUCUGAAAGAGAAUCAGAAGAGGAAACGAAUGUAGAUGAAAUAGAGUUAGAAGAACUAGAUGAAGGAAGUUCUAAACUCAUAGAAACAGAGGUAAACCCGCCGAGUGCAGAUUUAUAUUACAAUACAGCAAGUCUGGUUCGAAGCCGGAUACAAAUAUCUGAUUUACUAGAGUACGCCAGGAAGAAGACUGAUUAUGAAAAUGAAUUUGAGAAACUACCAAAGGGUUUGACAAGAACAUGUGACGAAGCUCUUACUCGUAAAAAUCGCGGGAAAAAUAGAUACAACGGAGUGUAUGCAUGUAAGUUUUUUUUCUUAU